AUGUCAACCUCCACUUCUAUUCUUCCGCUUAUUGCAGCAGGAGGAAUAUGGUAUUACCUCUCGUCUCGGGGAUCAACGAUUCAGUCCAUAUGGCUUUUAUUGAACGUGCUUGAUACUUUCCGAGCUCUGCGAGGGAUCCGACCUAAUGGUAGAAGGAUAGGCAUAAACACGAGAAAGAGAGCGAUGAGGGAAGGGCUGAUUUGUUGGGUGAUAUAUGUACUUGCUCAGACUAUUGGACCAAUUGUGUCGACCCUUUUUGGAUGGAUACCAUUCUACUCACCCGUCAAAACCAUCUUAUGCGCUGUAUUCCUUUGUAUGAGAAUGGCAGCUUCAUCACAUUUAUAUCAUCAAUUACUGGUCCCACUUAUCAAGCCAUACGAGACACCUAUCGAUUUGACUGUUCUUUUUAUUCAAUCGAUAAGCUACCUAAUAUUCCAUUACUUACUGCAUACCCCUCUAUCUAUAGUUAUAGCAUCUGCCAAUGCCUCACGACAUACUCUAAAUACUUCCUUUGUCAAUCUCGCACAACUCUUCAAGUCAUAUUUCGCAAAUUCGAUUGUAGAACCAAAAAUUCACAUUCACACCCCUCCACCUGAAUCUGACUCAAGCCGUCUUCAUCAAGCGACCUCAUUCUUUUCUCCUGCUCCCAAUAUACCAGGAUCCAUUCUCAUUCAUCAUCCUUCGCCCAAACCUUCAACACCCAGGAAAUCAAUCAGUUUCUUAUCUCCUCCUAAUACCCCUAAAAUCUCGCCUCCUUCUUCACCUGACAUCAUCGAAUAUCUUGAUAUUCCUCGAGCAGGUCCAAGUACUCCUCGUCGUGCAUCGCACACGAAGGAACAACAUAGUCUCUUACAAGUGGAGGAAGUAAGAGAGGUCAGGCGAUCACCUAGGAGACAGCGGCCUUCCACCGAUGAGCAGUAUUUGGGCGACCUGGAUCUAAUGAAGAAGCAGACGAAUUCGAGAUCAGAAACUACCUCUACAGAUCGUCAAGUAAACACGACAAUGGAUCUGGAUAUGGCACAUGUGAAGAUGAAUAAGAAUAGGAUAUUUACUUCAGAGAAAAAGGGAAAAGGUAGACUUAUACCGACCCUCAUUAUACCUGAUGAUGGUGAUGACGCGGAUUCACUCAACAUUCUUGCAAAAGGGUCAAAAAAAGCAAACUCUGUCGCAGCUGGGGUAACAAGACAAACCUCAAAGAAUACUGUUGAUUUGAGUCAGAAAUUCACCAAACCCCGUCAGUCGAACAAAGCUCGUUCGGACGCUAUAUCUCGGUCUGCAUCUAUCAAUCUUCCUUCUUCGUCCGCAUCGACAUCACUGGGUAGGAAAAUCCCCCGAUCAGUAAAUACCACUUCAUCGUCCCCUGCGGAAUCCCUCACAGUUCCCCAAACGAAACCUCCAACGUCAACCGCGAGUACUCGAUCGGUCUCGACCAGAACGGCCAAGGCCAAGGCGGGAACACAAGCGAAAGUUCUUAAAGCAAGUGAAGAUGGAGUGUCUCAUGAUAAACCUCUUUCGACAGCUGCUUCCAGGGCGAGGACUAGAGCGAAAGUCAAAUCUGCGGAAGAAAAGGAAGCUGAAGAUCAGAGUAAAGUAGGACAAAAGAGGAAGGGAAUCAAGCCUGAUGAUGCGAUAGUCAAAAAGAGGAUAAGGAAGGCAUGA